AUGUUGGAUAUCAACGCAUUUAUAGAGGAAAAAGGAGGAGAUCCCGAAAAGAUCAGAGUCUCUCAGAAAAAGAGAGGCGCAUCAGUAGAACUAGUAGAUGAAAUCAUCAAGAUUUAUAAAGAGUGGGUCAAGAUUAGAUUUGAACUAGAUGAACAAAACAAGAAACUCAACGCCGUUCAAAAGGAAAUCGGCCAGAGAUUCAAAGCCAAGCAAGACGCUGCUGACUUGAUCAAGACCAAGGACCAGUUAACUCAGGAGAAAAAGGACAUUAUUGAACAAGAAGCUGCUAAAGACCAGGAAUUACGGGCCAAGGUCAACACUGUUGGAAAUAUUGUCCAUGAAAGCGUGGUUGACUCAAUGGAUGAAGCCAACAACGACUUGAUCAAAACCUGGGCUCCAAAGGGGUACGACACCCCUCAACAACUUGCUGCUGCCACCGGAGCACCAGCAUCAUUAUCACAUCACGAAGUCUUGUUGCGUUUAGAUGGAUACGACCCCGAGAGAGGAGUAAGAAUCGUGGGCCACCGAGGCUAUUUCUUGAGGAACUAUGGUGUGUUUUUGAACCAGGCCUUGAUCAAUUACGGUCUUUCGUUUUUGGCUGGUAAAGGCUAUGUUCCAUUGCAAGCACCCGUGAUGAUGAACAAGGAAGUCAUGGCUAAAACGGCACAAUUGUCGCAAUUUGACGAGGAGUUGUACAAAGUCAUUGACGGCGAGGAUGAGAAAUACCUUAUAGCGACAUCUGAACAACCAAUUAGUGCCUACCACGCGGGAGAAUGGUUUGAAAGCCCUCAAGAACAGUUGCCCAUUAGAUAUGCUGGUUAUUCUUCAUGUUUCAGAAGAGAAGCUGGCUCACACGGGAAAGACGCUUGGGGUAUUUUCAGAGUUCACGCUUUUGAGAAAAUAGAACAGUUUGUGUUGACGGAACCAGACAAGUCAUGGCAAGAGUUUGAUAGAAUGAUUGGCGCUUCAGAAGAGUUUUACCAAUCGUUGGGUUUACCAUACCGCGUCGUUGGUAUAGUUUCCGGUGAGUUGAAUAAUGCUGCAGCCAAGAAGUUCGACUUGGAAGCUUGGUUCCCCUUCCAACAAGAAUAUAAGGAAUUGGUUUCAUGUUCCAAUUGUACCGAUUACCAAUCGAGAAACUUGGAAAUUAGAUGUGGUAUUAAGCAACAAAACCAAACGGAAAAGAAAUACGUCCACUGUCUCAACUCAACCUUGAGUGCCACCGAGAGAACCAUUUGUUGUAUUUUGGAAAACUACCAAAAGGAAGAUGGGUUGGUGGUUCCAGAGGUGUUGAGGAAAUACAUCCCAGGAGAGCCAGAAUUCAUUCCAUUCAUCAAGGACUUGCCAAAGAACUCAACUUCUCAAAAGAAAGCUAAAGCAAAGAACUAA